AUGCAACGAUUGCAAGUGAUUUUGGACAAGUUCGCACCGAACACUCUCUUCGAUGCACCGUUUACUCAUCGUUUUGGGGCUGUCGAUGGGACAGCGCUGUUAGAGAAAAUAAGCAGUCGCCACCUUGAUUACAUCAAUUUUGCGCUUGAUAAGAGCAGUUAUUCAAGCCUCAGUGGAUAUGUUCGACAGUAUGCAGUUUUGCCGAGUACCGACGUUAAAGCCGUUGUAAUGAUACUUUUCACGUUGAAGCUGAUGUUUGGUCUCAACGACAGCACGGAAUUUGCAAUGGAAAGUCGGUUGCUGUGCGAAAUUCUACGUCGGAUGGUGAUUACUCUACUAGUGAUCCUCUUGUUCAUCUUCUGA